AUGGAUUCCAAGGCUUCAACAUCAACUGUUUUUUUCCUUUCCCUCAAUCUUCAUUUUUUCACGUUGGUUAGCUCUCAAACUCCACCUUGCCCAAGUGAUCAAGCUGUUUGCAAAGAACCUUUGACCGAGGCUUUCUUCGGCGCGAGUCCAAACCCAAACAGCCAAUGCUGCAGACGCUUUGAUGGUUUGACUGAUCGUCAAGCAGCUACUUGCAUGUGCGAGAUCUUGAAAGCCAAUGCUUCGCAAAUUCCCGAUGGCUUAAACUUUAUUGAACAUGUUCCUCAGGUAUUGCGGUUGGAACAACAACGUCUACAACUGCGCAUGAAACCGUCUACUUAA